CACAAUUUCUAAAACUAAAAAAUAAUUGUGAUAUCUCGUGCAUGAGCAGAGCUGAGGUCUAGCUAGCUCUUGAGGUAUUCUCCACUCUAGCCUACGUCUGAAAACUAUCCAGGAUGAAUUCGGAAGAGGAACAGGAAAGCGAAGUUUUGACCCCUUCUGAAGAGGAUGAUGAGGCUGAGGAUCCGAAAGAUAAUGAAGAUGAUGCAGACAGUCACACACCAGCAACACCAUCGUCUCAAUUUCAAAUCUUGGGCACUGGGGGCCUCCGUUCUAGGCAAAAGGCUAUCGAAUCUUCCCUCCCCGAAUGGUUGGCAUAUCCUACAACCAUUGAUUACGAUCUACAACGACAUCAAGUAUCCGUCGAUGCUGUUUCAAUUUCAGGUCCAAUGAGAAAGACCUUGAAACGAAAUGGAAUUUCCUGUCUUUUCCCAGUACAAACCACCCUCCUCAAGGCCAUCUGUGCUGCCAAUGGCAGAGCGCCCAUCCACGAGAUUGGUCUACCGCCGCAAGAUUUGUGCGUCUCUGCUCCGACCGGCAGUGGGAAAACACUGGCGUAUGGAAUACCUGUUAUUGAGAGACUGUCAUGCCGUGUUGUUCCCGCAAUACGAGCGUUGGUUUUGCUUCCGACUCGUGACCUGGCACAGCAAGUGUUCCGUGUGCUCAAGUCCAUGUCAGCUCACACUGACCUUGAGAUAUGCUUGGCAACUGGGCAGACUGACUUUGCAAAGGAGCAAGCCACCAUCUCAUCCGAGUAUGUUGACAUCGUAGUGGCCACUCCUGGACGCCUGGUGGAUCACAUCUCAUCCACUCCUGGCUUUUCAUUGAAGCAGUUGGAAUUUCUGGUCCUGGACGAAGCGGAUCGGUUAUUGGAUCAGCCGUUCCAGGAUUGGCUCGGCAAAGUGCACGCAGCAUGUGGCUUUGCUCAACUUCGUGCAACUAGUUCCCUGUUAUUUGGAUCUGGACACAAGGUGCGGAAAAUGCUGUUCUCCGCGACUUUGACGCAAGAUCCCGAGAAGCUGUCCAAGUUGAUGUUGUUCCGCCCUCGGCUGUUCACGGUUGUGGACGAGUUGCAACUUCAGCAACAGCAAGACCAGUCCGGUCCCGUCACCGGUAACUUUGCGGGCCGAUACAGCACGCCUGCUGCGCUGACAGAACGGAUUAUCAUCUGCGAUGGCAGUCAGAAGCCGUUGCUGAUUUACCACCUUGUCAAGGACCAGGGUUUCCGCCACGUGCUGUGCUUCACUGGGUCACUGGAGUCCACACACAGGCUGUACACACUGCUGAAAAUCAUGGGCGGAAUCACGGUGGAACACUUCUCCUCGGAACUGACGCGUGGCCAUCGCAUGCGCCUCCUGGAGAACUUCAAGCUGGGCCGCUAUCAGCUUUUAAUCUGCUCGGACGCAAUGGCUCGUGGUAUGGAUAUAGAGAAGGUGGAGCACGUGAUCAGCUACGACGCGCCGCAGUUCAUCAAGACGCACAUCCAUCGCAUGGGCAGAACGGCGCGAGCCGGCAGGUCCGGGGAUGGCUACACUGUCCUGCGGCCUGAGGAGGUGCAUCAUUACAAGGCAAUGAUGCGUGCUGCUGGUAAGGACGCAUUCAAGAAACUGAAGGUUUCCGACGAGGAUCUGCAGGCACACUUUGAUCUUUACGAGGAUAGUCUUGGAAAGCUGCAGACUGCUCUCCAGGCAAGCAAAGACAAGAGUCGAGGGAAGAAGAGGAAGAGGACUUAGCCGUGGCUAUUGAACCUGUUGCCAUCUUGGCCACCCGUCGUACACUCGCCAACAGAAAACAGGCACUCUACCAGUGUAUCCGUGUGAAGUUUGAUUUCUGCCUCGCGUAUCCCUUUCAACUGUGCACCUGGAGAUUUAACGCCUUUUCCCUCAAUUUAACACCGGUUACCAUGCACCAGGGCUACUUUUCCUGUUGGCUUGUGGGGCGGUGGUGACUGCACAUGAUAUAGUACAGUGUAGUCCACAACCGUGAGGGCUGGUGCCAUGCAAUAUCUCACUAGGGUGUCCUGUUGCCUCGGAACCUGCUGGUCCACGAUGCGCCCGUCGGGUCUUGCAAUUCCAGAAUGCACAACUUGAGCUUCCCAGCUGUCUCCUCACAGAUCUGCUGCAGGUGUCUCAUUUCAAUUGUUUGUUCAUCAUAGCAGUCAACACUGUCAGGUUUGCUUGUGAUACUGGCAUUCAGGAUUCGAUGACUUUGAUGAACUGUACUGGCAUGUGGAGGUCCGAUUAUCUCUAACUGUAAUUCAGCAGUAUAUCAUUUAGAGGUUUUAGUGUUGAACAUCGAAUAAUUUAUACUUUAUUGGAACAGAUUUAAUAGUUGUGUUUUGGUGUGCAGAUGUGGAGGUUCUAAGCAUUUUCAUUACAAUGUCCUUGCCGACGCUGCCAGUGCCAACAUGCUUCUGUGACUGCCCACCUUUCACACACAUGAUUAUUAUGUCAACUCCCGACAUCUACUGGUGU